AGACGGAGAGAUCCGGAGAGUCUAUCAGGUCUUCAGCGGUCUUCGACAAGCUACAACAGCACCUUCUUUCCUACAAAGAGAGGAACAUACAAGUCUCUGGUGGAACAAUCAAAUCAGCUACAAGAAGAUGUCGACAUUUUACGUUCUCCUUUCAGUCGUGUUGAUGUUGCAAGUCUGCCGUGCUUGUGAUGGAAAUAACGAGGAAGAGCAACUAGCGGCCGCUAGACAGCAAUCCGACGAGUAUUUCGCCAACGCUUAUGGAUUCAAUUCCAACAAUCCGUGGAGUUCUCCCUACUACCAACCGAGCGCCCGUGUUCCAGGAUAUGCCAGUCCAUACGAAGGACGCACCCCAAUCAGCCGGCAACCUAAUUACAACCCAUUCAAGAAAUACUUCGCCAACCAUGUAGAUGAAGAAAACAGUCAAGCAGAAGGUCGUUUCGCUCUUGGUAGUUUGGGUGCUAAUUUGAUCAACACGGGCCUCUUCAACAACCGUUUCACUCCGGCAAACACUUGGAGACCCUUCGCCAGCCUUGCCAACCGAGUUCCCGUUUCUGUGAAUCCCGAUUUCAGCGGUCCGUUAUCCAACUUCGAUGCUUGCACGUCACCCAGUGGCGAUGCAGGAAUCUGCGCUCCAGGAUCGGUCUGUUCCUUGUUUGGUGGACGGCCAAGUGGUUCCUGCAUCCUUGGAAAAGUCUGUUGCAUCAAUGCGAUCACAACUUGCGGAGGUACAGUCACCUUAAACAACACGUACUGGCAAUCUCCCUCUACGGCCGUGAGUGCUCCUUCAACCUGUGCGCUAACUGUUCGUAUGGAUACUAAAUUGGUGGAACAACUAGCCCGACCCAUUUGUCAAAUUCGUUUGGACUUCGUAACGUUCACUACUCAACAGCCGACUGCUGGUACUUGCACAGAUAGUUUUAUGGUUGGUGGAUCGACAAGCGUUGCGCCCAUCAUUUGCGGUGACAACACUGGGCAGCACAUGUACCUCGAUGUCCCUUCGUCUGCAAUUACUCCAACGGAUGUCCAGCUGAUGUUCAAUUUUGCUGCUGGAACAGCCACUCGUUCAUGGAACAUUAAAAUCUCGAUGCUUCCAUGCGGUGCCUCUUAUCUCGCUCCAACGGAAUGUCUCCAGUACUUCACAGCUUCUACGGGAAGAGUCAGAUCGUUCAAUUGGCAAGACGUUAACGUUAAUGCUAUUCGUCAACUCAACAACCAAAAAUACAACAUUUGCUUUCGGACGGAACUCGUUUCAGGAUCGAGGGCUAGCCAACUGUGUCUCUCAGUUUGUACAGUGACAAACACAGGAGCCGGAUACGGUAUUACCACGCCAGCUGCUCCUUUCGCAUCAUUACCACCAUUACUUGGUUCUUCUGUGGGCACUGGCACUGCUACUGCCGGCGUUCCUACUGCACUCCAAGGUGCUUGCACUUACGAUUUCCUUGCAAUUAUCGGUGCAACCGAUGCCCUAACCGGCUUUUCAGCGGAUCGUUUCUGUGGAACACGACUAAAUCCAAAUCCUGCUGGAAUUAAUGCAGAUGCCCUAGUGUGCACAAACGUAAGGCCAUUUAGGGUGACCUACCAAACCGACAAUACUGAAUUACAGACAGCCGCUCCGUUGUUAGUUACAACACCAGCGGACACCAAUAACGUUGGAUUUUGUCUCGACUAUCAAGAGAAAUAGAAGGAGAAGUAGAUGAUAACAAUCAACAAUCAAGGGCAACUAGGAUUAACGGCUGCCUCAAAGUUCUAUUUCAUAUGGCGUAUUUCUAAAUAUUCGUCAUGAUUUUAUUUUGGUGAUGGGUUUCUUAGGAUUUUCGGUUAAUUCCAUUCUAUUGGUUAGUUAAAAGGCAGGUUUUUUACCUGCUGUGCUUCGUCUUUGAGUUGGCUCUGUUAUUUUAUGCAAGUAAUCCCCUAAAAUUAGAUUGGUUUAAAGAAAUGGGAAAUUAUUUCAGCCUUAAGUUUUGUCGUAUUUUCAAACUUAUAAUUCUUUUAUUUCUAAUUAUUUUUUCGAUUCGAAUUUUCCAGUCGAAAAGAUAUAAAAUAAAAGCCAACAUCCGGCAAAUGGCUAAAGAAAAAUGGAACACGAAAAUUAUCGGCUCAAUCAAUUAAACUGAAUGAUACAUCCAUUAGCUAUACCACCAAAUCUAAACUGAUUCACUAGAAAUAAUUUCUUCUUGUUGAACUGAUUUGUUUCCCCAAAAUGUUGAUCGAUCAUAUCUAAAAAAUUUUCAUAUAUGUGUCAAAUAUUGGAAUAAAAGCAAGAACUAAAUCGUUUUUUAAUCAUAAAUGCUCAAUAACACAGUUGCCGUGUUGAUACACGUAAUAGGAAAUAAAAUUAAAAAUCCCCGUUGUAGAAACUGACAAUAAAAACCUGGUAAAAAAAAAGAAUGUUAUAAAAAAUAUAUGUCUGUUGAGUUUCUAUCUUAUAAAA